AUGGGUGUUCGUAAUGUUGAUAGCAUGGAUAAAGAACUUCGUGAAGUGUGGUUUGGGUUUUAUAAACUAUUUGCCUCUGUUCCACGUUUUCCAAAACCUUAUUAUGUUACAGCUCGCCAUGCAGUUCCAUUUAAGAUUGAAAAACCAAGUAUUCAAGUGAAUUCGUAUGCCAGUGUGGUUAAAGGGUCUUCUGGUGACAAUAGGAGUAAAGAACUGAUGACUAAUGUCGUUGAAUUUUCUUCUGGUGAUUUUGUCAUGGAGAAAAAGAAACUUGUGUGCCUAGUAAAGGCCAGAGAUUAUGGAACAUUACCUAAUCUUCGCAUGUUGUCUUUUGAUGAGGGUUUCAAAUCCGCUACAUGGGUGGUUUAUGGGUCAUGUUUGAGUUCAAAACAAAAGAAGCUUGUAAAAAUUUCUUAUCUUGUGAUGCAUGCAAUUGAUCAUUGGGUACUGGAUAAACGUCCAUGGGGUAGGAACUUUAUACCUUUGGAUACGAUUGUUUGGGUAGAUAUUGAAGGAAUUCCCUUACGUGCCUGGAGCAAAACUUCAUUUAGGAAAAUAUUUGAGAAGUGGGGAACUAUUGUGCAAAUUGAUGAUGAAUUAAGUGAAGAUAUUUACAAAAAACGGGAAGCUCCUUGUUGGGCUCCCUCAUUCAGUUAUGGAUUCAAUCAUAAUGAUAAUAAUGAUGUUCCCAUUCAAGAUCUUUCUGAAGAUGGUGGUAGUAACGAUUCCUUGUGUGAAAAAUGUGAAGAUGAAGAACAUUCUCCUGAUCCUUUUAACAUUUAUGACACGUUACAUAAAUUGGAUAAAGAAAAUUUAAAGGCUAGAAAAUCUGGAAUUGCUAAAAAGGAUAUUAAUCAAGGGUAUUUUCGGAAUUCUACUUAUGAGAACUCCAAAUACCUGGCAGAGAAGGCAGCGAACUCUUCUGUCCAUACAUUAGUCUCGCAGCAUGUUGAAUUAUGUUUCUCUCAGCCAACAGAUGUAUUCCGUUUAUGA